UAUUUGUACAUCGUCGUCGACACCAACAGGCUGUAGAAACAACAUAUUACCCAGACAAAACAAAAUGUAUGCAGGUAAUAUAGAUAGCUGACAUGUCCUCAAUGACCUCUGGGACCCCCCUCCCGGGGGAACAGACAGAUGAGGCCCAGCUACAGGCCAAACUGGAGCGCACGGCCAGCACAUACUUCGAGAAAUUUUCCACGCCAGCGUUCAGAAUUCAAGAGCUGAUAGGGUACCAUAAGAACCAUUGGCUGCUCUCUGAUGACUUCAAAAUGGCAUAUGAUCAACCUGUUGGGAUCAUUAAAAGUCUGAAUCCAUUAAACUCCAAUGUUUGUUGUUUGAUGGUACCAGAGGAUCCCAUUUUGGAUGAAAAUAAGCUAAAUCUGGAUUAUCGCGAGGUUCACCAGUUGAUUCGAGAACUGACUUAUGGGAUAUACGUGUUAAACCAAACUCCGAGCAUAUCACUGGAGGCUCUUUAUGAUCAAGGAACCAUGUGUAACCUGCCCCCAGCAUUUAUGGAUACACAUAUUGGUCAGUUGUUAAUCAGCGUAGAUUACAUGAUGAAGUCAUUGUGGCACGGAGCGUACAUUCCAAAGGAGAAGCGAACAAAAUUUAACGAUAAAUGGAGAGAACACUUUCAAGUUUCCAAACAGAAUGGAAAACCAGAAAAAGAGAAAUCUUUCUUACCAGAUUUCAUCAGUCAUGGCAUGAUAGAUAUGGGCAAGGACCCAGAUUACUGUGAUGCCUAUAACGACCUUCAGUUCGAUAACGACAAUGAUCCAGAUAUGAUUAAAGAACGGAUUCAUUUCAUGAAACACAUAGAGGACAUUUCUAUGCAGAUGACGUUAUAUCAAAAGAAAGUGAUGCACGAAAAAGAUAUUUACAUGAUGGAUGCAGAUAUGACAAUAACGAGCAUUGUGCGACUUCUUGACGAUCGAAUAAAUCAUGACGAUUAUGAACGUGUGAAUACUAGACUUCAAAUGCACGAAAACAUGCUACGAGAGAAUUUAACCAAGAAAUUAGAAAUCCGACGACAGCUUUAUAUUCUAAAAGUUGUGAGCUUUUUGACACCGUUCUUAAUUGGAAUGAGGAAGAGGAUGAAAAUUCCGGAGAUGUCACGAUUUCUUCCCGAUCUUUCAGAAAUAGAUACAGAGGACCAGUGUAAAACAGAGGAAGAACUCCCCCCUCUGAUGCUUGGGGAGGACUUCAAGUGCAAAAACUUCUACCCAGAGAAAAACAAAUACUUUCAUCUUCAUGGAGGCAUCAACAUCGAUUUUGAGACAGAUGAUCUUGAGCAACCACCAAAAGAAGUCCUUGACAAAUACUCAGAUAUCAUGGCAAAAACCGAGCAAGGAUUUAUCAAGGCUAUUUCCAUGGAUACCAUUAAAGAGCAUUAUGAAGUACCCAAGGUUGAAAUAAAUGGAAAACAGUACUACUUGAUUUAUAUGGAGUUUGAGACCUUCUUUAACCCCCAGCAGCCUACCUGGAUAAAGGCCUUCAACUCCAAGCUGACAGUAGACCUGGAGAGAAAGUAUCUCCCCCUUCAGGACACACCCAUGUGGGACGUAUUUAUCAAAAACUUUGGCAAGAAAAAGACUGGAAAGUUAAAGGCUCAGAUGACUGGACCACGUGCUGCAGCUAUUAGGGGACUGGUCAUUAUUUUCGUACACAUGUGUCGUAAAACUCUAGGUCAGCAGAUGUCACGGUUGACCAAACAGGACGAGCACGGUCUGUCGCUUCUUCAUCAUGCAGCCAUGAACAAUCGACCUCAAAUAAUUGUCAGCUUACUGCGACAGACGGUGGACAUUAACUCUCGACGAAACAAUAUCCUGUCAACAGGUCCCACCAGCUUACACAUUGCAGCGAGAUGUGGCGCCUUGGAUGCAGCAGCAUGCUUGCUGGCCUGUUGUGCUGGACAGACAUUGUACGAUCAAGAUGGCUGGGCCCCGAUUCACCAUGCUGCUUUCUUCGACCAUGAAGCAAUCAUCAAACUGAUGGCAAGGAGGAAUAGCCCCGUGAUAGAACUCCUUACUAAAAAUGAUGUAAGAUCCACUCCUUUGUUGCUGGCUGCUGGUUCUGGGGGUCUAUCAGCUGUUAAGUGCUUGAUCAAACUUGGAGCUGACAUUUCUCGAGUGGAUGCGGAGGGGAAUGGUAUGAUUAAUCUAGCUGCCAUGAGGUUCCACACCAACGUGUUGGAGUACCUUAUUGAAUGGGGCCACAAGAAGGCACCUGUUUGGACCAUUCUUGUCAAGAUGCUGUCUGAUCCUGACACAGAUAAGAAAGAUAGUGCUGUGAAGUGUCUGGAAGUUCUAUCUACAUCUAAACCCGAACACUGGAAGUCUAUACUGGAAGCAGGUGGAAUCCCUGCGUUGGUGGGCUUACUCCACUCAGACAAUGAGGUGCUGCAGUCCGUGUCAGCCUCAGUCAUUGUGAACAUAUCAGAACACCAGGAAGUCAGAGAAGCCUUAACCAAAGCCAAGGCUGCUCCUAUUCUUAUCCAGUUACUGAAUUCUCCUGACGAUAAUAUCCAGUCACGUGUGGCUAUAAUUCUUUCGGACAUUGCAAGCAUCCAGGGGAAUCAGUCCCUGAUUGCUGAGGAGGGUGGAAUCCCCCCACUGAUAAAUCUGAUGGACUCGGAGUUGGAGGAGGUGUUGAUUAAUACGGUGAAUGCAGUCCGGGUAUUGUGUGCAGGGAAUCCAGUCAAUCAGGACGCUGUGGCAGAAAAUGGUGGAAUUGCAUUUCUUCGAGAGUUUCUAACUCUAGAUUCAGAGAAACUGAAGGCGGCCACUGCAGCUUGCAUUGCAGCGAUUUCGGCAGGAAAUAAGAAAAAUCAAGAUGCCUUAUUAGAAGCAGGGGCUUUGGAACCACUUGUUGAGAUAAUUAAUGGUACAACCAAUGAGACCGUCAGGGUCAAGUGUGCUAAUGCCAUCGAGGCUCUAGCCCAGGACAACCCAGCCUGUCAACAGACAUUCCUACGAAUCAAAGCCCCCACAGCACUCAAAAAACUCCUCAAGAAUUUCAAUGUAUCAGUGAAAGAGCACGGUGCCAAGGCUUUAUGGGCUCUAGCAGGAAACACCACGACUCAACAGAAAUACAUCGCAGAGAAAACCAGCAUCCCUGACAUCUGUAGUAUGUUACUGGAGGACACAGAAAAACUGCUUCAAGUCGGUUGUAUGAUGUCAAUUGCUUUGGGAAGAGAAAAUAUAGAGAACCAGAUUAAACUGGCUCAGACGGAGGCUUUCAAUCAAUUGGUUCGUCUGCUUAGGACUCACAAAGACUCACCGCAAGUCAUACUCAUGGUCAUACAAGUGCUUGGAAUUCUGUGUGUAGGUGUUGCCUAUUGCAACAACAAAGUGACACAGAGGAAGAUAGCAGAGGAAGGAGCCAUACCGACCCUAGUGACGUAUCUAAAUCAGCCUCCUUCAGAGGAAGUUCAAGUGGAGGUUGCCAUAGCACUAGGUUGUAUUGUCCUUAGCAACACCCGUAACCAGGAAUUACUGCAGGAGGAACCAGGCUUUAAUUUUGAUGUUCUCCUGGAUUUGUUAAAGUCAAAAAGUGAGGCAAUAAGAUUAAGGGCAGGCAUGGCUCUGACGAUUUUUGCUUUCAACAACACCCCUCAGCAGUAUGCAAUCAGGGAAGCGGGGGGCAUCAAAUACUCAGUGUUCGAGCCUUUCCUUAAUUCCAGUGUAGAGUAUGAUGUCUGCUAUGCAGCUUUUCAGAUUGUGGUGCUAGCACGAGUUAUAGUGGACCAAGACCAGGUUAACUUAACGGCCCGUGGGGUGACCCUUCUUGUUGAGAAACUUCACUCAAAAGAAGACAAUGUCAUUGUUUUAGCUGCUAGUCUCCUCUCCAGCCUUGCACACACUCGUGCGGGAAUCCCCGAUGCCAUGGUGACCUCAGGGGCUAUUGAUAUUUUAGUCGAUAAACUCUCCUCUCGGAACGACCAAGUCAGGAGUGCUUGUGCGGUUGCCCUUGGAUAUUUGACCUUCAACAGGACUGCCGCAAGGAUUCUGUUUAGUGCUUGUAGAAAUACACCGGGGUUGUAUAAGAAACUUGAAGAGAACAUUGGGAAAAAUGCCAAAAUUAGUCAGGAGUUUGUCCAAGAUUUUAAACGUGCUAAAAUUGUGGGGCUACCUUCCCAGUGUCUUGAGAUUAAUGGUGGACCCCCAGUAAUCCCCCCUAGUCGAAACAGUAUGAGACCACUGACUGGCUCGAUGAGCCGAGCUACGACAGCCCGAGCUACAAGUCGAGCCAAAUCAGCCCCCGGACAGCGAGGGAAAAGGUCGCCUAACCCCAGUAUAGUUGUAAGUACCCCCGACAACAGUCGCCCCUCCACAGCUGCCACCGUCCUGAUCCACCCCAGCUCUCUGUUCAGACCCGCUAGUGCCACCACUCCCAGCAGAAAAGGGGUUCGAUCCCCCGACCCCACGUUUAAAACUCGUUUAUCUUCGUGGAAGGAGGAAAUAUGAGUCUCAAUUAAUUUUAUUUAGCUGUUAACUGUGUUCUAAGUUAUAAAUAAGCAGGAAACGUUUUUGGUCAUGUCUUCAGAUUAUGAACUUUCAAGACAGAUUUAGUUUAUUAUCUGAGUUUUGGGGUACUUUGAACAAAGUUAAAUUUAUUUUCAGAUUGAAGGUCAUUAGCUAGCUCUUACAUUAUGUAUUUUUGUAAGAACUAAUUUACUUGUUUACAUGAAGUAUAGUGCAAUCAUUUAAAGGGGAAUAAUUCUUACAUGAAACAUUAAGCCGGAAUAGGUCGAUCUUGAUGCCUGUUUAUAAUUUUGUUUUCAGAUUUAUUUUUUAUU